AACCAAGCGAGGACUCCAGAGGAAAAGCACUUUGUACCACAGGCAGAUAGUGAGAGGCAGAGAGACGGAAGAGUGGCAGGGAGAGAGGCUGAGCAGAGCCAGCCCAGCUAGCGAGGGGAAGAGCAGAAAGUUUGUGUGCAAAGACUUUCCUCUAGAGCCCUCCCUUGACAGGGAAAAGAAGUAUUUCACCUGGUAGCUCCGGUAAUAAAAGAAUGAGGAAAACUACUGAAAUAGGAGAAAAUUAGAGGAAAGUUAGCCUGUUUCGUUUCAAUUUUAGAAUUACAGGGAAUUGGCAGCCCGUCUCUCUCUCUCCCCCCCCCCUCUCUGUUUAGAGGACUGCAAAGGGCUUCUGGCUAAGUAAAAACAACAGUAGUUUGAGUUAGAGUUUUUUAAAAAUUAAAAGCAGCUCAGGGUGGAAAAACGUUCAUGUUGGCGUGGUGCUUCCCUUUUUCUUUUAAGCAGCUCUACUGAAGUAAGAACUGAGCCAACAUUGAAAGAGAGCUAACGGAGCACUAUGAAUUUUUAAAAAGACCCUUAUGUUUCAUUAUUUUUAUUAUUAUUUUUCAUGAGGGCACACAGGGUAUGAAAAGGGAACUCCGAGAACCCUUUGAAGAAGAGGAGCAAGCAAGAUGGGUUUGUUGAGCAUUGACCUGUUGAUCACACUUCAGAUCCUGCCGGUUUUUUUCUCCAACUGCCUUUUCCUCGCCCUCUAUGACUCGGUGGUCCUCUUGAAGCACAUGGUGCUUCUUCUGAGUUGCUCCAAAGCUGCACGUGGUGAAUGGCGAAGGAUGCUCACAUCAGAGGGCUUGCGCUGCGUCUGGAAUAGCUUUCUCCUAGAUGCCUACAAGCAGGUGAAAUUGGGUGGAGAUGCUCCUAAUUCCAAUGUCAUCCACAUACCUAAUGGCACUGCCGAAAGCAGCAGCAACUGCAGAUGGAAAAGCUCCAUGGGAAAAUAUGGUAGUGAAUGCCAUCUCUUAGACUUUGCGAAAUCAGACCGUCCACUUGUAAUCAACUUUGGGUCAGCUACCUGACCUCCCUUCACAAACCAGCUGUCUGCCUUUGGCAAGUUGGUGGAAGAGUUCUCUAGUGUGGCUGACUUUCUGUUAGUCUACAUUGAUGAGGCUCACCCAUCAGAUGGCUGGGCUGCUCCUGGUAUCUCAUCUUCAUUUGAAGUCAAGAAACAUAGGAACCAAGAAGACAGAUGUGCUGCUGCUCACCAGCUUCUAAAGAAGUUUUCUUUGCCACCACAGUGCCAGAUAGUGGCUGAUUGCAUGGACAAUAAUGCCAAUGUGGCUUAUGGGGUUUCUUUUGAGCGUGUAUGCAUUAUACAAAGACAAAAAAUUGCUUACCUGGGGGGGAAAGGCCCUUUUUUCUACAAUCUUCAAGAGGUUCGACUUUGGCUGGAGCAAAACUUCAGGAAAAGAUGAAAUCCAAAUGUACCAGAUAAUUCAAGAGGACUGUCCUUUUAAAAUAAUUUAAAAAGAAAACAAGUCACAUUUUGUUUGAAUAGGAUUUUUCUGCCUUUUGGGACAAAACAGGCCUAGUAAAAAGUUUAAAUGCACAAAGUGGUUGCAAACAACAAUGAAUUCUCAGUAGCUCUCUGCAAAAGGAGCUGAGAUUUUUUUCUUUUCAUAGAAUAAGAAUUCUGAGAUUUUUGUGCCAUGAGAUAGUAGAAGCACCCAAAACCAUUAUUUCCAUAAGGUUUAUGAAUGAUACAUCACACCCUGAGAUAAAAAUCACUUUGUCCUUCAGAAAUCAUCCUGUUACAUUCCAUCAUAGCAUGUUCAGAAUCUAAAGCUUGCCAGUUAUCAUGAAAUAAUUAUUUUAGCUUGUUAUAGUGAGGUACCAUUUGGUAGAUAUUCCAGAUUCCAGCAUCUUCUAUAAAUUGGAUAGUUAAUUGCCUUCUUAAUUGCUGAAAAUAAGAACUGGUAUUCACUUUGCUUUAAUGCUUUUUGUUUUUGCAAUGUAGUAUAGCUUGCAAUUUGGAAAUCUUUUACUUUGAUUCUAACUCUUUUAGUGCUUCAAAGAUAAAGAAUUCUGCAAGAACAGGUUAUACCCUAACUCUGCAUUGCAUGAUUAAGCUGAAACAUCUCCUAGCAACAAUCAUCAUAGAAAUUACUUGGGCCGUUCUGAAUCUUAGUUUAUAUCCCCCAAAGUGAAUUUCUUAAUAAUUUUGAAGUAGUGAAGACUAUUGUGUUUUGAGCCAAUUCAGAGAAUCCAGCAUCUAAUGGAUUUCUACCAUUCGUUGUCUAUAAAAGAAAUAAUUUAUGUUGAAAAACUUGUCUCAAUCAACUGACAGUUUCUUUUGUCUGCCCUAAACCCAAUUCUCAGAAUUUUGUUGUGAAAAUUCACUGUUAGACUUAUUAUGUCUGACCCUGGAUAUAUCCAGGAGAGUUAUGCAAUCAGGUGUGCAAUUGAUUUCUCCUAUCCAAUUCCUAUAACUGUUUUGUGAAAAGCAUGCUCCAGUAAAUAUCACUUAUUGCAAAAAAAACCCCAAACAAACCUGCGCUUUCUGCCAGCAUAAACUAAUUUUUGAAAGCAAGCUCUUCAGGUGAAAAACAUUAACACUUGAAGUAUUUUCUUUCAACUUAAACUUAGCCUUUUAAGACUCAUCUCAUGGCAACUCAUUUCUCAUUAUCACAUUAUUUUGGGGGGAAAACACAAGGAUUUCAGAAGGUGCAAACUACCUGUAAAUCUUCAUCCUUUGCUGAUCUCACAUGAAGCUUUCAACUGGUGGAUCCUUACAUGUGGGAAAAGUGGUUGGGAUCCUGGAAGUGGCAUGGGUUGGUACUUGGUAUUGGAUCACAUAAGGAACAAUCAUGAGAAGAUUACCUCGCAUUCUUUCUGCACUGAAGUAAUGUCUGAGCAAUGUAUUGCAAGGUUAUCUCUGUGUAAGAAAAAAAAAUAUUGUGUGUAUCACAAUCUUUUGGGAACAUUGAUGGGAGAAUGCCCAGAAUCAUAUCCAAUAUAGAAACAAACUUAUUUUAUGUUAAGCCUGGAUGCAUGGAUGGAAACUAUCAGGUUUACUUGCCUUUGUUUGAAAAACAAAUUCAACAACAGUGCAGUUAAUAUUAGCUGUUAUUUUUUUUAAAAAAAUAAUUUAUUGCAUUUGAAAAUAGUGCAAGUGGUGUAUCGUUCUGUGAAGAUAAAGAAGAGAAAAUGAAAAGGGGAAGACAUACUACUUUAUUGGGACUGAGAUUUUACUCAUAAAUUGCUAGAUACAAUUCUUGUUGAUGCAUUGUUUGCCCUUCUACCCAAUAACCUGAAAUUAGCUUUUACUCACAUUAAUUUAAUGUGAAACAGAUUUCAGCUUUAGAACCGAUGACCUGAAAAGCAGUAGAAAGCCAAAUCCUUUGUCCAAUUUCCAUUUUUUUAAAAAUAAUAAUAAUUUCCUCUUAAAUAUUAAUUCUGGCAUCAUAGCUACCAUCCCUCUUCAUCCGCCUGUCUCUCUACCCCACCCAUUAAAUGGGUGACAAAAAUGGAAGAAGUUUUAAUGAAAUGGUUGGGAUGUUUGAAUUUGAAAGAAGAACACAAAGUGGAAUGGUUUUGAGAGAAAGGCUGGGUGGUAUUUUCCUGAAAGAUGUUCUGUACAAAAUGCAUUGAAACAAGCACAGUGAGUAGGACAAAACUCAGAGAAGGGCAAGAAAGCAUUAACAACCAAUUAAAUUCCACAAAGACUUAAAAUUCCUUUAAGUUUUCACUGCUUCCUUAAGGAACCAUUUUUCUGAUAUUGGUUAAGACUUUUCUCAUACUCAACACAUAUUUUAGAUUAUGUUCCCCUCCAAUGAAAUGAUACAAACUUGACAGUGGGUUAUGAAAGCUAUUCUUUCUAUGUCCACUUUUUUCUUUGCUUCUCUUUUACAGGUAUACAACACAUGGGCACACAAUUAUACAGAAAGAUGUCAGAGGAGUUGAGAAUGAAUGUACUAAAAAGCUGACGGAGGGUGAGGAGGUGGCAUAUGUUGCUACAGUUUGAAAAAUUUAAGGACUUGGGGAAGGUAUAGAGGCAGACAGUUGCAGGAAAGUAGUAUUUUAAUUUAGGAUGGGGGAGCAUUGAUAAAAUAUGAAAUAAGCAAUUAUUAAUAUAAGUGAAGUGCUCAUCUUUUCAAAUAGUAACCUGUUGGCAGGGAUGCAAAACAUUUAUUAGCAAAUAAUUUGUUUGUCUUAAAUUGUUUUUUUUAAACUUCUCCUUACUUUGCCAUUAUGACAUACAUACAGUCUUGAUUUAUGACUGUAAUGGAGUCUGGAAUUUUUGCAAUAUGACAUGUUGAUUGUAAGUCAAGGUCACCAUAGAACAGAGCCAAUUUUAACACCAUUUUUGUGGCAGUAAUUAAGUAAAUGUGGUGGUCAUAAUACAAACUCUGAAACCAUUAAGUGAAUGCUACAAUUAGUAUGUGGAUGCCAUAGUUGUUAGGUGAACCAUUGCAAUGGGCAGGGUUUUUUUUUUUUUUUUUUUUUGCUGGAAACCAGUCGUAAAUGCUGAUUUCUGGCCAAAAAAAAUGUAUAAAUCACAGUUGCGUGAUGGUGGGACAAAUGGUCAUAAUGCAGGCAAAUUCCCCAAUGCCCAAAAUACAAUUAUGUAAAUGUUUCCCCUCCUGUAUGUCUGAUAAUAAUUAACUUUUAAACCAGAAUGGCAAUUUAGAGCUUGAACUGAAUUUAUUUGUUAGUCAUCCAGGUGCCAUAAGACUCCUGGUUGCUUCUGAAAUCCCAUUCUUUGCAUAUUUACUAUGUUUAUUGAUGCUGCAUUUACACAUCUCAAAAUGGCAAGUACCUCUCCGAUCAAUUGAUACAGUAGUCUGAGAAAACCCAAAUUAUUUAUUUGAUUACAUCUAUAUUAACUAUAUUAUAGAAUGUUGCCAUCUUUUUAAGAAAAAGAAGACAUUAAGUGCACAUGUCAUUUUUCCAUGGAUUUAUACCAUUUAAACCUUAUUGUUCAUGUAAAUCAUUCUGUUUUUGAAUAAUGAUUCAAAUUAUUCAUAUACAUACCCAGUAUAUAUGCUUUGUUUUCAAACCUGGGAUGGAAAUGAAAUAAGCAAAACCGAAAGCACUGUUUGGAUAGAGACAAAAAGCAGUUUAAUUUUUAUGUUCUUCUUUGUAUUCAUUAUUUAUUGCAAAAUGUUUUUUUUUUCUUUUUGAGCACUGCAAACUUUUAUCUUCCUCCCCAUUAACUCUCUUUUAUAUGAGAGUUUGAUAAGACAGAAAGACCAAAACAUUUUUUUUUGAUUCCUGGAAUAU